AUGGAGACAACUGAACUGUGCUACCCAGAACUUCACAACAUCUCAUGCAGAAAGCCUCAGCCUGAUCCAUCAGAUGUGCUGCUGUCGUACAACCUGCUCUCUCUCAUAGCUCUGCUCACAGUGACAAUGAAUCUACUGGUCAUCAUCUCCAUCGCGCACUUCAGGCAACUUCACAGUCCUACCAACCUGCUAAUCCUCUCUCUGGCUGUGUCAGAUUUCCUGGUGGGUUUUUUGCUGCUUCCAGUUGAAAUCCUCGUAACAGAAUCCUGCUGGUUCUUGGGAAGUACACUCUGUGCUUUGUAUUAUAUGACAGACUUCACUGUAACGGCAUCCUCAGUUGGUAAUAUUGUGCUUAUUUCAAUUGAUCGGUAUUUAGCAAUUUGUGAUCCAUUACAUUACAAUACCAAAGUGACAAUUAACAGGGUUAGGUUCUGUAUUUGUGCUUGUUGGCUUUGUGCUCUCAUUUACAAUAGUCUGAUUUUAAAGGAUUUUCUUAUAGAUCCUUAUUCACAAAGUUCAUGUUAUGGAGAGUGUGUGCUAGUGCUCAACAACAUUACUGGAAAUGUUGAUUUAAUUUGUACCUUUAUCGGCCCCAUCACUGUCGUUGUGGUUCUGUAUGUGAGGAUAUUUACUGUGGUAGUUUCUCAAGCUCGUUCAGUGCAGUCUAAAGUAGUGACUAUGCAGCAAACUGUGACAAUGUCAGCCAGAAAAUCAGAGCUAAAAGCAGCCAGGACACUUGGAAUAGUUAUUUUAGUUUUUAUAGUGUGCCUAUGUCCCUAUUACAUCCCAUCCUUCACUGGUGAGGAUAUUGUGGACAGCAGCACUGCUACACCUCUUGUUUCCUGGUUAUGGUUCAUUAACUCUUGUAUAAACCCCUUUGUCUAUGCAUUAUUUUAUCCUUGGUUCAGAAAAUCAAUGAAACUAAUUGUAACACUGGAAAUACUGCAUCCUCAUUCUACUCAUGCAAAUGUUCUUUGA